GAGGAGUGGCGGAGCUCCAUGGGCGGACCGGACGGUGCGAAAGCAGAAGCGGAGGACUGAAUUAUCCCUCCUCGCCUGGGCGGUGGGAGCUCCGUGAUUCGGGGAGGAUAAACUCAGGCUGAAGCCGCCCUGCAAGACCCGGAGGUCGGUGCGAAGCUGCUGCUGUGACCCGCAGACAUCAUGGAGCUGGAGAACAUCGUGGCCAACACGGUGCUGCUGAAAGCUCGGGAAGGAGGCGGCGGAAACAGAAAAGGAAAGAGCAAGAAAUGGAAGCAGAUGCUGCAGUUUCCCCACAUCAGCUUGUGUGAGGAGCUGCGACAGACCACAGAGAAAGACUACAGCAGUCUCUGCGAGCGACAGCCGAUUGGACGAAUGCUGUUCCGACAGUUCUGUGAUACUCGGCCAGAGCUGAGACGCUGCGUCAAGUUCCUGGAUGCUGUGGCCGAAUACGAGGUGACUCCAGACGAGAGGAGGAAGGAAUGUGGACAGGAACUACUGGACACAUACUUCAACCCAAAGUCGGAGGAUCACGUUCCUGAGGUGGAGGAGGCCAUGAUGGCUCAGUGUGCUGACAGGCUGCAGCAGGAGGCCUGCAAAGAGCUGUUCAAGGACUGUACCAAAUUGAUCCACGACUACCUGAGCGUCGCCCCCUUCGCUGACUACCUCGACAGCAUGUACUACAACAGGUUCCUCCAGUGGAAAUGGCUGGAGAGGCAACCGGUGACAAAAAACACAUUCCGACAGUACAGAGUGUUAGGGAAAGGAGGUUUUGGAGAGGUGUGUGCGUGCCAGGUACGAGCCACGGGGAAAAUGUACGCCUGCAAGAAGCUGGAGAAGAAGAGGAUAAAGAAGAGGAAAGGAGAGUCCAUGGCCCUGAACGAGAAACAGAUCCUGGAGAAAGUCAACAGCAGAUUUGUCGUAAGUUUAGCGUACGCUUACGAGACGAAGGAUGCCCUGUGCCUUGUGCUGACAUUGAUGAAUGGAGGGGACCUGAAGUUUCACAUCUACCACAUGGGAGAGGCAGGCUUCGACGAGAAGAGAGCCGUCUUCUACUCGGCGGAGAUCUGCUGCGGCCUGGAGGACCUGCACCGAGAGAGGAUUGUCUACAGGGACCUGAAGCCAGAGAACAUCCUGCUGGACGACCACGGACACAUCAGGAUAUCAGACCUGGGUCUAGCAGUUCAUGUACCAGACGGACAAACCAUCAAGGGACGGGUGGGGACCGUAGGAUACAUGGCUCCAGAGGUGGUAAAAAACGAGCGCUACACCUUGAGCCCCGACUGGUGGGCGCUGGGCUGCCUGCUGUACGAGAUGAUCGAGGGCCAGUCGCCCUUCCAGCAGAGGAAGAAGAAGAUCAAGAGGGAGGAGGUGGAGCGGCUGGUCAGGGACGUGGAGGAGGAAUAUUCCAGCAAGUUCUCAGAGGACGCCAGGUCGCUCUGUAAAAUGCUGCUGGCCAAAGACCCCACCGAGAGGCUGGGCUGCCAAGGAGGUGGAGCUUCAGAGGUCAAAGGUCAUCCCAUCUUCAGCUCCAUCAACUUCAAGAGGCUGGAGGCCGGCAUGCUGCAGGCUCCCUUCAUCCCCGAUCCUCAGGCCAUCUACUGCAAGGACGUGCUGGACAUCGAGCAGUUCUCCACAGUGAAAGGCGUCGAGCUCGAGCCGAAAGACGAGUCUUUCUACAGCAAAGUGUCCACAGGCUGCGUCUCUAUUCCCUGGCAGAACGAGAUGAUCGAGACGGAGUGUUUUGCAGAGCUCAACGUUUUCCUGCAGGACGGCUCGGUUCCUCCGGACCUGGACUGGAGAGGCCAGCCGUCUCCUCCACCCAAACAAGGCCUGCUGCAGCGGCUGUUUGGCAGACAGGAGUGCUGUGGUAACUGCAGCGACAGUGACGACGAGCCAACCAGGCUGUGACACACAAACACACGCACACACACACACACACACACACACACACACACACACACACACACAUAUUUGAGAUCUCAUUUGUUUACAACUUUUGCACAUUUGUAUUUGUAAGAUAGUAUCUCUGAAUGUGAGAAUGUAUAUUUUCAGCAUAGCCAUAAUGUUUAAUGUUAUUUAAAACGGGAGAAGCAGCGCUAGAGACUGUGGAGGAGUUCCAAACAUGAUGGGUGACAAACAGGCAACUGCUGCCUUUGUUUUUUUUUUUAACUUUAUUUAUCCAGGAAAGGGUUUGCUAAUGCUUUCACAUUCAUGCAGUCACACACAUUCACACCCAGAGCUCCUGCUGCCGGCCACUGAACAGUCAGAGGUGAAGUGCCUUGCUCGCGGGCAUGGCGGCAGCGAGCAGCAGUCACUCUCUACAUUCGCCCACGUUUUCCCAGUUUGUCCGGGGGAUCUGCCCAUCAGCCUGCUGCCUUCCUCGAGAAUGUGACCACAGUUCUACUUCCUGCCACCAAACUUGUUUUUUUUUUUGUUUUUUUUUUUCUCUAUUCAAAAUCUGUCUGAAGAGUGAAACUGCUGUAGAAAGUAACUGCUGUUGAAAUGGCAAAGCCAGAGCCAUGAAGUUAUACACAUCCACAUAUAUUUUUUGUAUCAAUGAUAUUUUUUAAUUUUUUUGUUAUGGAUUUUUAGAGACAAUCAAUUCAGUGUCAGUGUGGCUACAGUUACACAGUCAGUUUUGAGGUGCGACGAUACCCAUGAAAUUUUACAAGGUGACACUGCUGUGUGUUACCUUCAAAUGUUAUGUUUCUCCAUUUUACAGAAGACUUGAGAGGCAACAAAACUUCAACAAAAAAUGGAUUCUUGUUGGCUCUGAUCACACACCCUUUUCAGUUUAUCGUUGUGGCAGUCAUAUGUCUCCUCCAAACUACAUGGCUUAUGUUUUAGUCAACUUUUUUUGGUGCUUCCCUUACUUUUCUAAGUUUUAGUUCUGAAAGCAUUCUGCUGCACUGCAUACUAUUUCAAUGCAGAUACAAAACAGGCUACAGUCCAGAUUUUGAACAAGUUACCUCCUGUGUUAUUAUUAAUUAUUAAUUACAGUAGAGAGUUGUGAAAAUCAUGAAAUACCCUUGUGCUGCAUAAGCCCCCAACUGCACUUUGUGUUUGUUAUUCUUAUAAGUUAAAAAAAAAAAAAAAAAAAAGCAGGUGGGAGAUGGCAGUCUGCACAGCGCUUGUUGUUUGUCCUCUGUGGUGCAGGGAGUCAGUCUCCUGAAAGAUUCACGUCAAAAACAGAUAAAAUUCCCAUACAUGCACAGUAUUGUCAACAUAUUGAUUUCUUUCAGUCAACAUUUUGAUCAAUCAGUGGCCUUUUUCAAGACAUGUUAACACACAGGAAGUGGCAUGUGCUUAAAUAUAAGUAAUAGAUAAUGUGAUCAUUGCCUGCAGCUGUGUUUGGGGACUGUCCUUGGAGUUUCCAUCAGAUGUCAACAAACAUACGCAUCUCAGAAGCCAACAAAAGUGACACAUCUCAGGCCCCGCAUACAGAAUGCCCCC